CCCAUUGCGAAGGGGAGGGAAAAAUAACCUGAAACACAAAUCAUGUUGCCAGUGAAGCACUGUUACUAGCAUUCAGGAAAGAGGUCUCUAAGGCAGAAAGAACAUCUCUGAGCUAAGGCUCCUGUUCAGAGGGGAGACAAUUUUGGCAAGAACAGAAAACAGGCUGUGUCUCAGACUUGGCUCAGCUCCUGCUUUGAAGAGGCUGUGUAAUUUCACCCCCGAAAAAAGGGCUCAGGGGGAAAAACCAACAGCCACAGAGUAUGGAAGAGCUUCUGUGUAAGAAGCAUUUCCCCAGGUUAGGUCUUUUCUCCCUGAGGAAGAGAGAUCUGAGGAGCUCCUGCAGAAGGACGAGCCAGGAACAGUUGCUCCCUGUUCUCUACAGUGCAAGAAGAUGUCAGGCAGGAGCGUUAAAGCAAGGUAUUUAUAUUCCCCACCUGGCACGGUAAAUAGCUGUACAGGGACUACAGGGAACAGCCAGGCACCCUUCCUUGCUACGCGUACCUCCUGCUGCGAGUGUGGCAGGCAGGAGGGCCCCUGCAGGCAGUCUGAGGUGCUUAUAAAUGGACUUGGGAAGGAUUAAAUUAAUGGAGAAAUAGUCUGUGUGUUUGCUACCUCUGCAGAGAAAUGCCAUCUCUGGCUCUCCGUUGCCAGAGAAGUUGCAGAAGUUGCCCCCGCGACCACCAGUGUGUCCACCAGCAGAUUGACCAGGGCAGAAGACAGCAGAGGGGAUGCUGCAGCACCAGGGAGCCUUGGUGCAGGCUUGGCUACAAGAGGAAGGCAACAACAAAGGUUUUGUUACCAUGGUUUCCAAAAGGAAAUUGUCAAAAGUUGAUGCUUCUGGAGAGAGCUGCAAGACAGACUUGCCGAGUAGGUGCUCAGAAACAAAGAAGUCGCGGAUUUCUGAUACGGAAAAGGCCUCUGCCCAUGGUGGAGUGGAGAAUGAGGGAGUCUUUGAAGAGCUCCUUAGAACAUCAGGAAUUAUACUGAAAGUUGGGGAGGGACAGAAUGAAAUAGCUGUAGACCAAAUGGCUUUCCAGAAGAAGCUCCACCUUGCCCUGGAGAAGCACCCUACUUACCCAAGUGUUGUGAAGCAAUUUAUCAGCGGCUUGGAAUCUCAUAUCAAGGACAGAAACCAGUUCAAGAACUGUCUCUUGCCGUGUACUCCCGUACGGACUGAGGGGUCGAGGACUCUGGUGCACUCGUAUUGUGAAAGCCUCAUUAAACUGCUUCUUGGAAUUAAGAUCUUACAGCCUGCUGUCAUAACACUGUUGUUGGAAAAGAUCCCCGAAUUCUUUUUUGACAUCGUGGGCACCUUUGGAACAAAUUUUCCCCGGCUCAUCGUCAAUCAAUUUAAAUGGCUUGACAGGCUUCUUGACAGCCAGGAUCUUGUCAAGAAGUUAAUGCAGAUGGUUAAUGUUUCUCCUGUACCAAUCCAGCAUGAUAUUAUCAUCAGUUUACCUGAGAUCCUGGAGGAUUCCCAGCAAAGUGAGGUUGCCAGAGAGCUCAGCUGCUUACUAAAACAGGGCAGACGGCUAACAGUUCCAAUCCUGGAUGCCCUUUCUCGUCUGGAUCUUGAUGCAGGCCUUCUGGCUGAGGUGCGGCAGUCUGCCAUGACCAUUGUGCCUUCUGUAAAACUGGAAGAUUUGCCUGUAGUAGUAAAAUUCAUCCUGCAUAAUGUCAAGGCAGCAGAUGCAGUAGAGGUGAUUUCUGAUCUUCGUAAGAGCUUGGAUCUGUCAUCAUGUGUUCUGCCCCUGCAGAUCCUAGGUUCCCAGAAGAAGCUUAAAAGCCAAGUCCAGGCCAGUUCUUCCAUGAGUCAAGUAACCACCAGCCAGAAUUGUGUGAAGCUACUUUUUGAUGUGAUCAAGUUAGCUGUGAGAUUUCAGAAAGAUGUCUCUGAAGCAUGGAUUAAGGCUAUUGAGAACACCACAUCUGUAUCUGACCAUAAGGUUCUGGAUCUGAUAGUUUUGCUGCUAAUCCAUUCUACAAACACCAAGAACAGGAAGCAAACUGAGAAAGUAUUGAGGAGCAAAAUUCAACUGGGCUGCAUGCCAGAACAGCUGAUGCAGAAUGCCUUCCAAAAUCAUUCAAUGGUUAUCAAAGACUUUUUCCCUUCAAUCCUAGCACUUGCUCAGAUGUUUCUGCACUCCGCACACCCAGCCAUAGUCUCCUUUGGCAGCUGCAUGUACAAACAAGCUUUUGCAGCCUUUGACUCUUACUGCCAGCAGGAAGUUGUGACUGCUUUGGUGACUCAUGUAUGCAGUGGAAAUGAGACAGAAUUGGACAUUUCUUUGGAUGUGCUCACUGAUUUGGUGAUGCUGCACACAUCCCUGCUGAUGCGCUAUGCCACCUUUGUGAAGACCAUUUUAGACUCUACACAGAAACUGAAUCCAUGCCAGAUCCGGAAGCUUUUCUACAUUCUCAGCACACUAGCAUUCAGCCAAAGGCAAGAAGGAAACUAUAUUCAGGAUGAUAUGCACAUGGUGAUCAGAAAAUGGCUCUCCAGCACAGUUCCCAACCACAAACAAAUGGGGAUUAUUGGUGCGGUUACGAUGAUAGGCAGCGUGGCAUUAAAAAGAAAUGAAGGAGAUGGUAGUUCAUUGGAGAGACCAGAGCUGAAUAGCGAGCGUGAUGGGCAGCUUUCUACCUUGCUGGAACUUGUGGGCUUCUGCUGUGAGCAAACACCAGAGGUCUUGGCUCUGUACUAUGAUGAACUUGCCAGUUUGAUUGAGAAGCAGAAGGGGAAUUUGGACUUGCAGCUACUGGACGAGUUUGGGAGGAGUUUGGUGGAGGACUUUCCCAGUGACUUUGUGGUGGAUCUCAACCCCACAGUGGAUGGUUCGUUCUUGUUCCCAGUGAAGUCCUUGUAUAAUCUCGAUGAAGAUGAAAGUCAGGGAGCAAUUGCUAUUAACCUCUUACCGUUGGUGUCGCAGAGCGAGCUUGGCAGGGUCACUGAUGGAAUGAGUAACCAAAGUAAAAGGGUAGUGUCACCGAUGUGUCUGUCACCCUGUUUCCGAUUGCUGAGGCUCUACACUGGGGAGCAAAACGGUGGAAGCCUGGAGGAGAUUGAUGCCUUAUUAGGUUGCCCCCUGUACCUGACUGACCUGGAGGUUGAAGGGAAGCUGGACUCUUUAUCCAAGCAGGAACGGGAGUUUCUGUGCUCACUCCUGUUCUAUGCUCUCAACUGGUUUCGUGAGGUUAUAAACGCCUUCUGCCAGCAACAGGACGCUGAGAUGAAGGGGAAAGUUUUGACUCGAUUAGAGAACAUCACAGAGCUGCAGACUGUGCUGGGAAAAUGCUUGGCAGCAACCCCUGGCUAUGUCCCACCACCAGCUACUUUUGAUUCUGAAGUUCUGGAGGCCGUGCCGUCCAUUAAUGCUGGUGGUCCAGUGAGAAAAAGGAAUGGAAGGAAAAAAAAGACUGAUGGCAGCAAAGCCGGCUCUGCAGAUCGUUCUCAAGCAGAUGACAGUUCUGAGGGAAACCAGCCUGAUACUGAGCUCUCUGAGCUGGAGAAGACUGCUGCUGAGAGAGAGGCAGGAAAUCCUCUGGCGCAGCUGCAGAGCUAUCGCCGGUACUUCAGAGAGUUAGACCUCGAAGUGUUCACUAUACUCCACUGUGGGCUGCUGACAAAGUCUGUCUUGGACACAGAGAUGCAUACGGAGGCUCGUGAAGUUGUGCAGCUGGGGCCUGCUGAACUUUGCUUCCUUCUGGAUGACCUGUGCUGGAAGCUGGAACAUGUGCUGACCCCAGGCUCCACAAGGAGAGUGCCCUUUCCAAAGGAAAGAGGCUACAAGGAUAUUGGCUUUUCCCACCUGUGUCAGAGAUCUCCCAAGGAAGUUGCUAUGUGUGUAGUCAAGCUACUAAAGCCACUGUGUAAUCACAUGGAGAACAUGCAUAACUACUUCCAGGCAGUUGUUAUGCAAAAUCGGGGUGUGGAAGAUGAUCCAGGAACAAACAUCCAGGAGCACCAGCUGAUGUCCUCUUGUUACCAACAGCUGUUACUAACUUUUCGCUCCCUAUUUGCUUGGAAUGGUUUUUCUCAGCAUGAAAAUACUGACUUGCUAAGGUCAGCUCUCCAGGUGCUUGCAGACAGGCUAAAGCCAGGAGAGACCGAGUUUCUUCUUCUUGAGGAGCUGAUAAGUGAGAGUUUUCAAUACCUACUGAAUUUCCAGCAGAGUGUUCCCAGUUUCCACUGUGCAUUCAUCCUCACCCAGCUCCUGAUCGCCGUUGCUGAGAAACCAAUGGCUGGCUGGAAGAAAGAGAAAAUGGCUUCACUAGCAAAGCAGUUCCUCUGCCAGUCAUGGGUGAAGCCCGGUGGAGACCGAGAAAAGGGCAGCCAGUUCAACAGUGCGCUGCACACUCUGCUCUGUGUCUACCUGGAGCACACAGAUAACAUCUUGAAAGCUAUAGAAGAAAUCUCCAGCGUUGGUGUUCCUGAACUGAUCAACUCUGCCAAAGAUGGAUGUUCUUCUACUUAUCCUACACUAAGCAGGCAGACAUUCCCGGUUUUCUUCAGAGUAAUGAUGGCUCAGCUAGAGAGUUCAGUGAAGAGCAUCCCAGCUGGGAAACCAUCAGACUCAAGUGAGGUGCAACUCGAGAAGCUGCUGAGGUGGAACAUUGCUGUGAGGAAUUUCCAUAUCCUCGUUAACUUGGUCAAGGUAUUUGACAGCAGGCCUGUACUCAGCAUCUGCCUGAAGUACGGCCGUCUCUUUGUAGAAGCAUUUCUGAAGCUUGCCAUGCCUCUCCUGGACUACAGCUUUAAAAAGCACAGGGAUGAUGUGCAGAGUUUGCUGAAAACCUUGCAGCUGAGUACCAGACAACUUCAUCACAUGUGUGGCCAUUCCAAGAUUCACCAAGACAUUGGACUGACCAACCAUGUGCCUUUGUUGAAGAAGUCACUGGAACAAUUUGUAUACCGAGUGAAGGCAAUGCUGGCAUUCAACCACUGCCAGGAGGCGUUCUGGGUGGGCAUCCUUAAAAAUCGUGAUCUUCAGGGAGAAGAAAUUCUGUCUCAAGCCUCUGGAGAGAGGGACUCCGGAGAGGAGGACUCCGCAGAAAGCCCUGCUGAGGAGCCGAGCGGGAGCGACACCGACGCCAGCGAGGAGGAGGGCGCGGCCGGGCCGGGCCCCUCUCCCGCGGAGCCCUGAGGCGGCGGGUGGGGCCUGAGGCGGCCCCGGGGGCGGUGCCGCGCCGCGGGGGGGGG